AUGGGUGCCGCGGCUUCCGGUGUGAGCACGCAAAUGCAAGCUGAGCAUGAUCCGAACGCCGCCUUUCCAUGGUAAUUCUUUUUUUUUCUUAAUUUUCACAUGAAAGUAUAUUUUCCAGGUGGGUGAGAUUCUUGGCAAAAGGCGUUGGAAUCAUCGGUGGAUUUUUGGCAAUAUUUUUCGGAGCUCUCGGAUUAAUCUCUCUCGACGCCAAGUGCAUUUUGUCUGUGCUUCUCCAAAUGUUUGUUAAUUUUGAAACAUAUUCGUUUUUUUUUUUUAUGAUAUUGAUUUUCUCAGGGUCUCUGGUUUCUUCAUCAUUGCCCUUGAAGCGCCGUUCUGCUGUCAAUUCGUGGAUUUCAUCGAGAAAGUCGCCCGUUUUAGCGAAUCCCGUCAACUUUGGCACAAAGCUGCUCUCUACCUCGUGUCAGUUAAUUUUCUAAGAUUUUUUAAGAAUUUAAAAAAAAACCAACAGAAAAGAAGGUGAUAACUUUACGCAGAAUUUCCCUGUUUUGGAAAGAAAGUUCAAGGUUUUGAGGAUUUUGAGAGCAAAGAUAAAAUUUAUUUUUUCGCUAAGUAGAACAGAAAAAGGUGAAAAAAGUUCAAAAUCUUCCCGCGCAGCAUUUUGUCUGCAUUUGGGAUUGCUUCCGUCAGAUAUCGUUCAUAUUUGCUUUAAAGAUUUUCGAAGAAAAAUAAUUUUGCUUGUUGCUAUCUGUUAUCUACUCAGAUUUCAUGUGAUAAAUGAAACAGUAAAAAAAAUCUCCAUCUCAACGAGGACAGUAAAAGAUUCUAAGAAAGCUCACGAUUCCAGCAUGGGCAUCGUUCCGAUCUUGCUCUGCAUCGAAUUGAACACCAUCCUUGGCAGUGGAACCGUAUUCUGUUGUGGGGUCAUCUACGGGUUCAUGGCUCUUGGCAAAAAGGUUUUUUUUUUCAAUUUCUUUUUCAAAACAUGACUAACUAGAAGAGAAAUAAAUGUCGGAAAGCAAAAAUGGUUCGGUAAAUGACCUUUUUUGAUUGUUCGAGAGCUUUGAUGAAUGGCGAAAUUUUUUUCGAAUGACUCCAAAAGUUUGAGAAAAAGCACUUUUCAUUUUCGAAUACCCAAAAUGCUCUGCUAAAAAUUAAAAUAUGCGACAGUAACUACACAAAUUUUUUUCUACUACGACAAAAAAAUUUGAAAAAAAUGAAACAUUCAAAGACUUCAAAAAUUAAUAAUCAUUCAGAUUCAAAGAACGUUUCCAACAAAUUUAAGAAAAUGAAAAAUCGAAAUUCAUGAACAUUUUCAGGCCGAUCGCAACAACAUGAUGGCGGCUGGAGAUCCCGCUUGGAGUCCUCAGGUCAAUCAAUCAACCAUUCCUUAA